GAUUGCCUAGCAGUAGCAGCGAUGUCUCGACUGUACUACAGGAGGACAGACAACUCCUCCUACAGGGACCGGAUCGCUCUGAGGAUUGUCAGGGCGGAGUCUGAACUGUCUGUCCUGGAGAAGAACUACCUGGGAGCAGUGGACAAAGGAGACUAUGCCUCAGUCAAACAGGCUCUAGAGGAGGCAGAGAUCUACUUCCGGAUCAACAUUAACUGUAUAGACCCGUUGGGCCGCACAGCUCUGCUGAUCGCUAUUGAGAAUGAGAACCUGGAGAUUAUAGAGCUGCUGCUCAGCUUUAACGUGUACGUCGGUGACGCUCUGCUACACGCCAUCCGUAAAGAGGUGGUGGGGGCCGUGGAAAUGCUGCUCAACCACAAGAAGCCCAGCGGGGAGAAACAGGUUCCUCCCAUCCUAUUGGACAAGCAGUUCUCUAACUUUACUCCUGACAUCACACCCAUCAUCCUGGCAGCUCACACCAACAACUAUGAGAUCAUCAAACUGCUGGUGCAGAAGGGGGUGUCCAUGCCCCAGCCACAUGAGGUGCGCUGUAACUGCAUGGAGUGUGUGUCCAGCUCUGAUGUGGAUAGUCUGCGUCACUCCCGCUCACGUCUCAACAUCUACAAGGCCCUGGCCAGCCCAUCACUCCUGGCCCUCUCCAGUGAAGACCCUUUCCUCACAGCCUUCCAGCUCUCCUGGGAACUACAGGAACUCAGCAAGGUAGAGAAUGAGUUUAAGUCGGAGUAUGAGGAGUUAUCUCAGCAGUGUAAACAGUUUGCCAAGGACCUGUUGGACCAAACCAGAAGUUCCAGAGAACUAGAGCUGAUCCUGAACUACAGAGAUGACAUCAACCCUCUACUGGAUGAGAACACCAACGAUCUGGCCAGACUCAAACUGGCUAUCAAAUACACACAGAAAGAGUUUGUAGCACAGCCUAACUGUCAGCAGCUGCUUGCGUCUCGUUGGUAUGAUGAGUUCCCUGGGUGGAGGCGUCGUCACUGGGCAGGGAAGUUCCUAACCUGUGUCUUCAUCGGCCUCCUCUUCCCCCUCUUAUCCCUCUGCUACCUGGUCUCGCCUAAGAGCCGCUAUGGACACUUCAUCAGGCAACCCUUCAUCAAGUUUAUCUGCCACACAACGUCAUAUCUCACCUUCCUGUUCCUCCUGCUGCUGGCCUCCCAGCACAUCGUCUCUACAGACCCUAACAGACAGGGGCCGCCUCCUACUGUGGUGGAAUGGAUGAUACUACCCUGGGUACUGGGCUUCAUCUGGACAGAGAUUAAACAGAUGUGGGAUGGAGGGUUCCAGGACUACAUCCAUGACUGGUGGAACCUCAUGGACUUUGUUAUGAACUCUCUGUACCUGGCUACCAUCUCUUUGAAGUUCGUUGCCUAUGUCAAGUACAGUGGCUUCAGGGCCAGGAACGAAUGGCAGAUGUGGCAUCCUACCCUGGUAGCAGAGGCUGUGUUUGCCAUUGCUAACAUCUUCAGCUCCAUCCGCCUCAUCUCUCUGUUUACAGCUAACUCCCACCUGGGACCUCUACAGAUCUCUCUGGGCAGGAUGCUGCUGGACAUCCUUAAGUUCCUGUUUAUCUACUGCCUGGUGCUUCUGGCCUUCGCUAACGGACUCAACCAGCUCUACUUCUACUACGAGACAGACGAGGGACUAAAGGGAUGCAAGGGCAUCCGCUGCGCAACACAGAACAACGCUUUCUCAACGUUGUUUGAGACGCUCCAGUCGUUGUUCUGGUCUAUCUUUGGGUUGAUCAGUCUGUAUGUGACCAACGUGGAGGCAGAUCACCAGUUCACAGAGUUUGUAGGGGCCACCAUGUUUGGAACCUAUAAUGUCAUCUCUCUGGUGGUUCUACUCAACAUGCUGAUCGCCAUGAUGAACAACUCCUACCAACACAUCGCUGAUCAUGCAGACAUUGAGUGGAAGUUUGCAAGAACCAAGUUGUGGAUGAGUUACUUUGAAGAGGGGGGGACUCUGCCUUCUCCAUUCAACAUCAUCCCUAGCCCCAAGUCAAUCUGGUACUUCAUCUGCUGGAUCAGGAAACACCUCUUCAAGAUCACCAGGGCCAAGAAAACAGAAACAUUUGGAACCAUAGGGAGACGGGCUGCCUUAAACGUAAGAACAAACCACCAGUAUCAGGAGGUUUUGAGGAACCUGGUGAAGAGAUAUGUAGCAGCCAUGAUCAGAGAUGCCAAGACAGAGGAAGGACUGACUGAGGAGAACUUUAAGGAGCUGAAGCAGGACAUCUCCAGCUUUAGGUAUGAGGUCCUCGGGAUGAUGAAGGGGAAGGUGGGGCCCGGAGGUGGGGGCGUGGCAGAAAGUAAACCCAGUGAAGAGGCAGGGGCCUCCAUUCUGGUCUACUCUGACCACUCCUUCAAGUACUCCCCCAAGUUCUCCCCAGCCACGCCUAAGACCAACAUGUUUCCCGACACCACAUCCAUACUCCAGCAGAGGGCAGCCCUCUCCUCCACCUCCACAUCCCCUUCCACCUCUCAGGGCUUGAACCGACUGGUCAACGGCUCUGUGCUACCCUCUUGGGCCUCCACUGACACCUCCUCCAGCCCCACCUCCUCCACUCCCAUCUCCUCUUCCUCCUCCACUCCCAUCUCCUCUUCCUCCUCCACUCCCAUCCAAUGCUCCACUAAAGACAGGCUGGCCAGGAAAGACUUUCCCAAAGACAUCUGUGACUUUGGGCUCUACUCUGUGUCUGAGGAGAUGGGAGAAGUUGACCUGGAGGAGCUGGACUGUGAUGGAGAGAAGGAGGAGCAGGGUGGAGCGAGGGAGAGGACGUGUACAGAGAAGGAAGAGAACGAAGGGAGGGGAGAGUGAAGAGAGAAGGAGGAGCAGGGUGGAGCGAGGGAGAGGACGUGUACAGAGAAGGAAGAAAACGAAGAGAGGGGAGAGAGUCCAUGUUAAAACAGACUGUUGAGGAUGAGACUUAGAAGGACUUAUUUUAAUGUAUCAUUAUGAUGCGUCUUCAUGGAGGCCUGUGUAGUAGCUCGCCUUGCUUCUCCAGAAAGGAUUCAGCUCUCAGACUAAUAUAUUCUGGUCUAUAAGACAGAAUGUAUAAGCUGGAAAACAGGAGACAAGAAGUCUGUUUCUUGGUCUGUGUCCCAAAUAGCACCCUAUUCUCUAUAUAGUGUACUGCAUUUGACCAGGGGACAAAAGGGCUCUGGCCAAAAGUUGUGCACUGUGUAGGGAAUAGGAUGUCAUGUGGAACAAGCAGAUAAGACGUCAUUCUCCGACCAGGAUUUCUGGAAAACCUGGGAAUUUGGGGAAAGUUACUGGAGUUUUGCCAACCUAUACUGUACGUGAUAGACCUAUCAGUAUUUUAUUAACAGACCCUGUCUCUGCUGCUUCUCCCAGUCAGCCCCCUGCUAUUUGCAAAACAAUAUAACUAGUUGGAUGAUGCUGUCUAGUCUAUUAUCUCGGGUGUUUCCCAAAAGGCACCUUAUUCCCUAUAUAGUGCACUACUUUUGACCAGAGCCCUAUGGGGCAACACCUGGAGAAGUAUGCAGGUGUUCGCAGGGCUACUCCUGAUGCUCGCAGGGCUACUCCUGAUGCUUGCAGCGCUACUCCUGCCCCCCUCCAACCAAGCCUUCACAUGCCCUGUCUGCCACUGCAGCUGGAAAUCCAGGAUUGGGCUCCACCACCACCAGAAGACCAGAAGUAGGGCCUACAGAAGAUUGGUUUUCUAUGCAAGCGAGUAAGACCUUUAGAAGCAACGUUUUCUUUCAAGUGAAAUCGCACAAGAGAUGCUAUACUGUACAUGUAGGGGAGAGUGGGGUAAGUUGAGCCCCCCUUGUUUCUAGGGAACCAUACACCAAAUGAAUAAUUGGACCAAAUGUUUAGGAAGAGGUAAUUUUAUGGAUUCUGUGAAGGAAGAUGCAUGGGAAAAUUAGUGAGCAAAAAUGGAUUUUCACCAAGUCAAAUAAAUGUAUUGUGUUAGAGGUUUCAUGAUGCUUGUAUCUAAACAAAAGUAGAUCAUUUUAAGAUUGUUCUAUACAUCAGUUGAGGUUAUAGGCUGCAAUAUGAAGUCCUAAACCUAGCAUGAAAGUACAUCCUAGUAGCUGUGUUGGCUAAUAUGUCAAAAUGUUUGCCUUGGUGUAGGUUGAGCCAAUGGCAAGUUGAGCAGAUUGAAAUGUUUUCUUCCCAGGCCUAUUGCAAGGCAUUAUCGCUGGGAUAGGAGGUAACAACAGAGACUGGCCUAUGUUAAUAGUGCUUUAAAAUGUACAUUGUUUUUUAGGUGUUAAGCCUGUGUUAAAAGAUGCUUAAACUUAUUUAAAGACAAAAAAUUGAUUUUAAUUGUGUUAAAGAUAGACAUGGUUUUAAAAAGUUAGUGGUAAUAUUUCAUUCAGUACAGAAAUGUGAAGGCGGCUUAACUUACCCUGUCCUGUAGCACAACUUACCCCAUACCCAAGGUAAGUUGUGCCAAGAGACCACUUUUUCUGGACAAGCUAUGUUUUUAAAACUGUAAUGUUUAUUAAUGAAUUAUUUCCAGGGAUACACAACAUCCUGAAAUAUAUGUAGAUAUCUUUGUUAGAAAUAAUACUAUAUUUCCCUUGACGGAGUGAUACUGAAUGUAAAAAAUGGCUCAACUUACCCCACUCUCCCCUACAACUGAAUGUUGACAUGGCUUAGCUUGUGAAAUCUAAUUCCUUAGCAGUUAGCUUUUGUGAGGAAUUCCCCACGGUCUUACCAUAUGAUGCUAUACUCAGUACUGACAUUAACACUGCACACUAACUCAGCUCCCAGCAUCCCAUUGUUAACCUUAACAUAAUACUGCAUUCACAUAUGAAAUAUUAAAUUGUAUUCUGUUAUUCUGAUAUGUGAGUUGGUUAGAUAUGUAUAAUUUCUGAGGGAGUGCUAAUGUUGCCAGUAUUUUUAUUGUAUUUUAUUUCUGGCAUUCAUUCAAGCUCCAGAGGGCUAUACAACAUGAAUCAAUAAACAUAAUAUGUU